AUGUCGCUUCCUAUUCUUCUUGCCAUUGAUGAUGAGACAAAGGAACAUAUUGGAUCAUCCCACAAUGUUACUCUUGUUAGACCUCAAGGAGAUAUCAUCGCUUUACUUAUCUCCCAAGAGAUAUACAAACACAACAAGGAGGAAAGGAUUGGUGGAACUACUUGUCCAGGAUUGCCUUAUGUUGAAGAACACAUCAUUCCAUCUAGAACUUGGCUGAUUGAUAGCGAUUUACAGGUAUUCCAGCCGAUUAAGUACAACGAUAGACUUGAUCAUCAUUACAGCCUCUCUCCUUAA